AUGGAGAAGAAAUUUGAUUUAAGAUAUUGUGAAAAAUACCCAAAUGAAUCACUAAUAAACGGGUUUGUUCCUAAAGAUCUUGGCACGAAGCCCAAAUGCUUACCACAGCAGAUUCAAGAAAGCGGUUUUGUUAGGAAUGUGGAAAAUGAGUUGAAUAUGCUCAGUGCUAUACAAGGAUAUCACUUAGCUGCGAAAUCAAGAAUGGAGCAGGAUUUGGUUUCAAAGGCCCAAAGGCAUCCUGGAAUUCCGAGUUCUCACUUGGGACUUGAUUUACUGAUGGAUAUGGACGACAAGAUUGAAAUAAGCGAUGUCUUGGGUACAGAGAAACCUACAAACCCAUUGGGAAGAAAAACAGUUAACGAUGCAUUGGAAUCUAUAUUCAAUAUUAAUAGUUAA